GAUAUUGCAUCUCAUGGCAGUAUAAAUAAGCUACAAAACUAGAGAAACAAGCCAUCAAUUAAGCCAUGGCCUUAGAGGAGGAAGUAGAUAGCUUGUUCGAAAGCGCCAUGAAAGGGCAGUGGGGAAAGGUGGUGGAAGCCUACAAAAACAGUUCCAAGGCUCAAGAGGCCAAGAUAACCAAAUCAAACGAGACUGCUCUACACAUUGCAAUUGCAGAUGGCCAAACAGAAAUCGCAAUCGAGUUGCUCAGCAUCAUUUCCCUCGGAGGAAAUGCAUCCAAAAUAUUCAACUUGGGGAAUGAGAAAGGCAACACAGCUCUCCAUCUGGCUGCCAGGCUUAAUUACGUGCAACUUUGCGAAAUCAUGGCUACGAAGGAUCAAAACCUCGUCUCCGUACGCAACCUGGACGGUGAGACCCCUCUCUUCUUGGCAGCUCAUAAUGGCAACAUAAAGUCUUUCCUUUGUCUUCAAAUUCACUGCCAAGAAAAGUUCCAUUCCCUUAGAGACAACAAUGGUGAUACCAUUCUCCAUGCUGCUAUCUCUGGUGAAUACUUCUGUUUGGCGUUUCAGAUAAUUCGAUUGUACCCGGAACUCGCUAACUCUAUGAAUGAAAACGGUUUAUCUCCGCUGCAUAUUCUGGCCGGAAAGCCUAAUGCAUUCAAAAGCAGUACUCGCCUUGGAAUAGCUGAUGAGAUUAUAUACCGCUGUUUGAUCGUUGAUAAUCUCAAAAUUGAAGCAUAUAAUCAUGAAGCUUGUCUGCACAAGGCAGGAGAACAAAACAGUUUGAAGUAUCCGGCAAACUACGAAACUUGCAUGAACUUCUUCCGGCAUCUGAGAAGUCUGUUCAAAGUGUUAACUUUGCGCGUAUACUGGAAUAAACUGCGCUGCUCACUCCCUCAAGCUAAUGGAGGAAACAGAAACAGAAAUGGUAUCAAUGCAGCUGAAGAUGAAGAGAAUCCUCGACCAAUGAGCAGCUCAGUAAUAGAGGCAAGUUCUGGAGCAUCAUCUUCUGAUAUCAAGUUAGAAUCCAAAGAAAUAUUGGAUACAACGAGUUCAAGAUCAACUGAUGAUGCAAACCAACCAGGAGUGAAGGCGUUUCCACCGAAUUAUGCCUCGUUUGUUUUGUUUUGGAAGCUUAUGAUGAAGGCCUUGCUCAUCAUUCUGGGAAUUGGAAUUUGGAAGAUAAAGAAAAUCCAAGAGAAGAAAGAGCGACAUAUAUGGGCUAAUCAGGUCAUGAAUGAACUCGUCCAGUGCACUUCUUUAUACAAGUAUCAAAAUACCGGCCAAAAUCCCAACGAAACUCACCCAAGCAAACAUAAAGAAGAGUCUGAAGUUCCUAAUCCCACCUUGCUAGAGCAAACCCCCUCCUCAUCCUCAUCACCAGAUCAUGUACAUGAUCACGAGCCUGAGCUCAACAACAGUAAUGAUAGGAAGCACAACAAGAUCUCGAGAGACAAGAAGAAAGUAACUUAUGAUGAAGCAGAUAAAAGGCAGACACCUAUAUUAAUUGCAGCAAAGAUGGGAGUGACCGAAAUAGUAGAAAAAGUCCUCGACAAAUUUCCAGUGGCUGUCCAGGACGUGGAUUCCGAUCAAAAGAAUGUUGUGCUCUUAGCUGUUGAGAACAGGCAACCCCAUGUUUACAAUCUCUUGCAGAAGAGAAGGCUACUAAAAGAAAGCUUGUUGCGUCAGUUGGACAACCAAGGUAACAGCGCAUUACACCUUGCCGCUACAUGUGGACAGUACCGACCUUGGCUUAUUCCGGGCGCCGCAUUGCAAAUGCAAUGGGAAAUCAAGUGGUACAAGUUUGUCAAAAGCUCAAUGCCUCAUCAUUUCUUUGCUCGCUACAACAAAAAAGGCCAGACCUCAAAGGAGAUCUUCAUACAUACACACCGAGAUCUUAUGAAAGAAGGCAGCAAAUGGCUUAUCAAAACCUCGGAGUCAUGCUCUGUUGUUGCAGCGCUCAUUGCAACGGUUGCAUUUGCAACAUCGGCGACUGUACCAGGUGGACUUGAUCAGACUACAGGAGAACCAAUUCUUAAGAACAAGCCAGCCUUCAGUGCCUUCACCAUCUCAUCACUCGUUGCUCUCUGCUUCUCAGUAACAUCCCUGGUCUUCUUUCUUUCAAUUCUCACUUCUAGAUACGAAGAAAGUGAUUUUUCACUGGACUUGCCUCGGAAACUUUUGAUAGGUCUAACAUCACUCUUCGCAUCUAUAGCUUCCAUUAUAGUCUCAUUCUGCGCAGGGCAUAUCUUUGUCCUCAAACAUCAACUGAAAUUUGUGGCAUAUGCAUUAUAUGCGGCAACUUGCCUGCCAGUCACCUUUUUCGCAAUUGCACAGCUGCCCCUCUACUUUGAUCUCAUGAGGGCCAUUAUCAAGAAGGUACCACAGCGGAGCUACGAGGUCUUUACACACUAGGUCUUCAUCAGUUACGGUACCAAGGUCGGUGUUAUGCAGCGAUGAUCUUGAGUGCUUAAGUAUGUUUGGUUUCAGGGUGAGGUUUAAUUAUGUGGAAUUAUUACUUGUAUGUGAACCAUUCAAGGAGAUUGUGUUCCAAAUUUAGAUUUUAAACGUUCUUUGGUUUGGUUGUUGGGAGAGUGCAGUGCUAUAAUGGCAGCUGGGUUUGGAGAAGGACUAAGGCUCCACAUUUUGUCAAGUUCGAGGACCAAAUUUAAUAGAUUUUAAUUCAUGGAUUAAAGUUACAAUUCA